AUGGCGACUUACACGAAAACUUGGCAUUGGAAUUGUGCCAGUUCUUUGUGUACGAAUAAUUACAGAACUAAAGGAAUAACGUACUACACUUUGCCCAGCGAUCCUGAGCUUCAAAAAGGAUAUAGGAAAGUUCUUAUGAACGAAAAUAUUAACUGGAGAAAACAUGUUAUAUGCAGCGCUCACUGGAGCUCGGGGAAACGAGAGAACAAGAAUCAAUUGCCAGACAUAAUUUGUACAAAAGAAUAUGCUGCUAAUCUGGAAAAAGAGUACUCCCAAAAACCAUCUAGGGAAUUGAAAAGGAAAAUUGACUGUACAAAAACGGUUCUUACUUCGUCGAAUGCCAAUACCGUGAGGAGUACUCCAAGGAAACCCCCGAAAGACAGGAGUGAAACUCCCGUACCGCGUGUUAAAAAGCGACGGGUUUCAGCUGCGAACGUAGAAAAAGAAAAUCAGAAGCUUAAAAGUCAAGUGGAAAGUUUGACGAGAGAACUAAAUGGAAAAAAGGCUUUGAUUGAAGAUUUACAGCAACAGCUGUCAAAGACUCAAACAGAACUUGAAAAAAAUGCUGCGAACAACAGUCAGCAACUCAAUGCAAUGAAGAAAGCACUCGAAGGCCAAACUUUUAGUUAUGAAGCACUUAUGAGAUACCCAGAUAGAAUUUACUAUAUGACAGGAUUAUCACUUUCCGAAUUAGAUUGUCUAUAUGAAUGUUUGGAGCCUUUCUUGCACACAAUUGUUUAUCCUGAUUGUAACAAUGACGACUCGUCCUAUCUUAGAAAGCUGGACACAAAGACAGAACUUAUCAGUUUCUUGACAAUUUGUAGACAUGCAUUGGACCUUGGUGUUAUUGCAUGGAUGACUGGUUCAAGUAUAUCAACUAUGAGUAGAAUUUUUGUAGGAUGGUGUGUAUUCCUGAGCACCAUUUUUGAGUCUAUUGACCUGACCCCAUUACCUGGAUUUUUGAAUGACUAUAUGCCAAAAUGUUUUAUGGAGUCAGGAUAUGGUGAUACUGCUCUCAUAGGGGAUGCAACUGAAAUUUGGAUCUCCCAAUCAGAGAACUUUGAUAUUAAUAAUAUUACAUUCUCGAACUACAAGAACCACACCACAGGGAAGAUAUGUUUGUGGACCCUUCCUCCUGGUUUUUUACUCAAAUGUACCGAUGCAUUUCCUGGCAGCAUUAGUGAUGCUGACAUAACAGAGCAAUCAUGUGUGCUAGAUACAGUCACAAAAGGGAAGACAGUUAUGACUGACAAGGGCUUUAAUAUCACAGAUAUUUGUCAUGAGAAAGGCCUGUUACACAAUAGACCUCCAAUGAAAUUUUCUCAUCAAUUCGAUGAGACUGAGGUAGUAAAGAACUUUGACAUUGCAACAUUGAGGAUCUACAUUGAAAACUACAUAGGAAGAAUCAGAGAUUGGCAAAUUCUAAGCAAAACUUGGCCAAGCUCAAGAAUUGAUUUACUUGGUUGCUGUUUCCAAAUAUUUGCACAUAUUGUUAAUAUGUUAAAAAAACCAGUUGGACCAAAAUAA